CCAAUAAAACCCGCCCCCUCUCACGCGUCACCGCCCCGGCCCCCUCCCCACACCAACGACGUCACCGCGCCGCCGACGUCACGUCCGCCUUCUUCCCUGCCCUGGGCUCGUGGUGGUGACGCAGCCGCCAUGGUGAACGUUCCCAAGUCGCGCAGGACCUUCUGCAAGAAGUGUCGCAAGCACCAGCCGCACAAAGUGACGCAGUACAAGAAGGGAAAGGACUCCGUCUACGCUCAAGGCAAGCGUCGCUACGACCGCAAACAGAGCGGCUAUGGCGGGCAGACGAAACCGAUCUUCCACAAGAAGGCGAAGACGACCAAGAAGAUUGUGCUGCGCCUGGAGUGCGUGGAGCCCAGCUGCCGUGCCAAGCGGAUGAUCGCCAUCAAGCGCUGCAAGCACUUCGAGCUGGGAGGAGACAAGAAACGGAAGGGCCAAGUCAUCCAGUUCUAGGCCUCGUCUCGUCACGCCCCCACCGCCCAGCGCUGAACACGUGCCCAACAACAACUACAACACGUGCCCAACAACACGUGUGUGUGUGUGUGUACACAACAACAACAAC